CGUUCGAACCGCAGAGCCGGACCCGCGCGCAGCAUGGAGCGGUUGGGCCGGAGCGCGGCGCGCGCGGGGGUCGCCCCAGAAGUUGGUGAUGAAAGGGAAGCAGAUGACCAUGAUCCCUGUUCUUCUUUUGAGAUGAAGCAACUCUUUGGAGAGUUCCAUAUGUUGUAUCAAGAGCGCCUGCGCCAACUCGAAAUCGUGGAUGAUACACAGGAGGAGAUUCUCAGAAUGAAGGUGAGGCUUCUCCAGUCCUACGUAAUGGACCUGAGUGACCAGAAUAAUGUCUUAGUUCAGACGAUGGAAGAACUGGAGAGAGAGUCUGAGUGGAAGGUGGCUACACUAGAGGCAGAGCUUCAGCGCCCAUCCCUGGCUCAGCGCCCGGUGCCAACAGAACACCUUUCAGGAUCCACAGCAGCGCAGAGAACUGUCACUCCACCACAGCAAAUGAUGGAGCAAGAAGAACUGAGAGUUCAACUGGCAUCUAAAGAGCAGCUCAUUCAUCAGUUAAAUGUCCAUCUGAGGGAGGCAAAUCCCAGCCAGGCAAAGUCCAAAGCAGAGGUUCUGGAGAAGGAAGCUAAGAUUCAGGAGCUGCAGGAGAUAAUCACAGACCUUCACCAUGAAAUUUCCCUGAAGGACUCAGAGGCAGUCAAUCAACUGGAGGAGAAGCACCUGCUGGAGACCACAGUGCAAUCCCUCAGGCAGAUUGUUAGCAGUGCUCCGGGAUCCCGUCCUUGUGAAAGGCUCCCCUCAUCGUCCCGAACCAACGAGCUCCUGAAAACAGAGCUGGAACGCCGAGAUGCAAAAAUCCAGACUCUUCAAAGCCAGCUCCUGCUCCUGCAGGACAAAAGGGAUGUGCUGGCCACUGAGCUGGAUGCUCAAGAGCAGAGGAUCUAUCAACUGCAGACCAAGCAGACGGAGAGGCAGGCAGAACUGGAGCAGAAAUGCAGCCGGAUCCAGCAGCUUGAGCAAGACCUGGAGGCCAGCGGCAGGCUACAGGAGGAAUCCCAGAGGCAGCUUGGGGAGUGUAAUGCGUGUCUGGCCCAGGUAGCAGGAGAGAAUGAGGCUCUACGAGGCCAUCGGCUUGAGCAGAUGUUAGCGAUUGAGAAAUUGAUGUCCAGCCUGAGGGCCUGGGAAAAAGCCAGUGGGAGUCUUUCCUGUGAGAUGCCAGCACGCCAGUGGGAGGAGCAGGCAGAGCUGCAGCAGAGACUUGCUGAUGUUCAGGAUGAGCUGCGGGAGAAAGAGACAGCAGUGCACAGGCUCCAGGCCGAGCUGCGGGAUGCUAGCCUGCUGGCACAAGAGACAAAGAAUCAGCUUACUGAAGCAGAGGUGGAGGUGGUCACCAUGAGGAGCAAAUAUAGCAUGGCACAGAAAGAGGCUGCAGAGAGAGGUGAGGUGCUGCAGAGCCUGCAGGAGGCCAGCCAAGCACAGCAGCUGAGGACAGCAGAGCAGGACGGAACCAUCCGCACGCUGCAAAGCCAGCUGCAGAAACAGCUGGAGAAGCGCCAGGGCGCUGAGGAGCAGAUGAGCAGGCAGCACCAGACCAUCCAGGCACUGGAAGAGAAGCAAGCCCAGCUGCAGGCCCAUUGUCACCACCUGGAGGAGGAGACUGGCUUUCUGCAUGCCAGGCUGGAGGCCCAAGGCCUGGUGCUGGAGAAUGAGCUCAUGCUGGUAACCAACCAAUCACGCCACAGAGAGGAGCAGGUGGAGACGCUAACGAGAGAGCUGCUGAAGGCCAAGGCUCAGGUGCAAGCAGCUGAGCAGAAGGCCCGGCGCUGGGAGGACACCAUCGGGCAGCUGAAGGAUAGCCUGGCAGCGUCCCAGGUCUCGCAGGAGGCAGCCGAAUCCAGAGCCCAGCACAAAGAAGAGCAGCUGCAGGGUUUGCAGAGGAAAGGGCAGUCACUGCACCAGGAGCUGAAGAUGGCGCAGAGAGAGGCGGCCCAGCUGGAGGCGCUGCUGAGCACGUCGCAGCUGGAGUCAUGCUCCCUGAAGAAGGAGCUGCAGAGGAAAGACGAGGAGCUCCAGCGCCUGCAAGAGCAGAUCAGAGAUUUGCAGGAAGCACUGCAGGGUGCUAGGCAAGGGAAAGAGGACGUCCAGAAGGAGUCAGAGACCCAGCUGCUGCAGCGUGACCAGGUGGUGGAGCAGCAGAAAGCGGAUCUCGUGGCAGCCCGAGAGGAGCUGUCCAGGUGCGCAGGGCAGCUCGCAGAGCUGCGCUCAGACCAACAGCAGCACACUGGGGAGCUGGCCGUCCUGAGGGAGAGGCAGAAGACCGCGCAGCAGGAGGUGUGCAGCCGUGAGCAGACCAUCAGGAAGCUCAGAGGAGACCUGAAAAGUGCUGAGGAGGAGCUGGCGCGAGCGAAGGAUGAGGGGAAGGAGAGAGCCGCAGAGGGGAGCGGCCUGAAGGGAAAGCUCCACCAGCUGCAAGAUGACGUAAGAAGCCUGCAAGAGAUCUGCAAGGAGCGGGAAGAGGCCAUGGCGGAGCAGACCUGCUGGAUCCAGCAGCUCCAGCACGAGCGGGAAAUCUGCAUCGGUCAGUGCUUGGCAGACGAAGAGACUCUGGUGAACAUGCAGACGGAGUUUGCCUCCUACACAGCCACUCACAGUCACGCCAACACCAGCUACGAGAGCCAAGCCGCCAUGGCAGAGAAACUCCAGCAGCAGCUGAGCCACGCCGACGAGGAACGCGCCAAGCACAGCCAGCGGGCCGAGGAGUACCAGUGCCUGGUGCAGGACUUGAAGCUGGAGCUGGUGCGAGUGGCUGAGCAGAAGAACAGCGCCAUGAAAGCUCUCGGGAAGCUGGAGCUGGAGGUGCAGAGCCUGAGGCAGGACACAGCUGCUGAGGGGGAGCGGAAGCAGCUGGAGGUGGCCAAGCUGCAGCAGCUGAUCCAGCCCCUGGAGUGCAAGCUCCAGGAGAGCCGCCGGCUGUGUACGCAGAAGGAGCAGCUCCUGCAGAGGAGGGAUGAACAGCUCCGCCAGGCGCAGGCCGCCAUGCGGCAGGCACACAGUGCCCUGCAGGAGAGGGGGCUGGAGGUGGAGAAGCAGCGCGCAGAGGCCAGGAGCCUGGACGUGCGCCUGCAGCAGGCCCAGCGGGAGAGGGAGCAGAGCCAGGCGGCCAGCGACCGCCUGCAGGAGGAGAUCCAGCGGCUGAGACAGCGCCUGCAGGACAGCCAGCAGCAGCAGCAGGCGGCCGCUCAGCAGCUGGUGCAGCAGGAGGAGCGGCUGCUGCUGGCCCAGAGCAGCCUGCAGAACACGCAGGAGCAGCUGAGCGAGCGCGUGGCCGAGGGGGUCCGGCUGGAGCAGGCCAGCCGCAGGCUGGAGGCCGAGCAGCGGGUGCUUCAGGAGCAGCUGUCCAGCAGCACGGAUGAGGUGGAGCAGAGCAGGAAGCUGCUGGAGCACCUGAAGGCGGAGCUGAGCGAGUGGCAGCAGAGGCACCAGGUGGCUGUGCAGCAGGGGCUGCAACAUCAGCACUCAAUGGCCAAGAUGGAGCUGAACCUGGGGAGCAGUCAGGAGCAGGCGAAAGCCCUGCAGCAGCAGCUCCAGGAGCAGGAAUCCACCCAGCAGGCCCUGCGGGAGGAGCUGAGCCAGCUGCAGGGCCGGGAGGACGCGCGCCAGCGGCAGCUGCGGAGAGCCCAGGAGCGGGAGCGCGUGCUGGCCAGCGAGCGCGAGGAGCUGCAGCGAGAGCUCCACAGCAGCGAACAAGCGGCCACGCUCCAGGAGUCGGCCCUGGCCCAGCUGCAGGCGGAGCUGGAAGCAGCUCAGGCCAGAGAGCAGCAAAGCGCCCGCGCGCUGACUGCGGCGGAGGAGACCCUCCAGGCGCUGAGGCUGACGACUGCGUCCUGUCAAGAGAAGCAGAGGGAGGCGCUGGAGAAGCUCAGUGAGACGGCGCAGGACAUGGCGGCCCUGCGGGCGGAGCUGGUGCGGACACGGGCCAGGGAAGCCCAGCUGGAGGAGGGGACGGCAGCCUGUGAGGAGCGCGUGAGGCGGCUCAACGGGGAGCUGAAGAAGCUGCAGGGUUUCCAGCAGCAGCACGAGCAGGAGGUCCAGGCCUUUGAGCAGCAGCUGGGGGAGCGGAGCAGCCAAGUGCAGCACUGGCAGCAGCGGUACCAGGAGAACGCGCAGGCCCUGGCGCAGCGGGACGAGGACCUGGUCGUAGUCAAGGUGGAACUGGCCUCGUUGAAAGAAAAGCUCCAUGGUGCCGCUGAAGAGAGAGACCGCUUGCAGCAGGACCUCAACGUCUUAAGGCAGAAGUUUGUGGCCUCCAGCAAUGAGGCAGAGGCGCUGCGCUCCUCCCUGGGGGCUGCACGCUCAGACAGCCGCCGGCUGCACCGCGAGAGCGAGCUGGUGCUGGCCAACGUCAGCCAGUGGGUGAAGGAGCAAAAGCAAGCAAAUGACAAACUGGGGCACAAGAUCCGGGAGCAGAUCAAGCACAUCGCGCAGCUGACAGGCGAGAAGGACCACCUGCAGGAGGUGCUGGCGAGGCUGCAGCAGGAGAACAGGCACCUGAAAGGCGAAGUGGCCGAGCGGCGCAUUGAGUGUGAGCGGCUGAAGGCUCUGCAGGGCAGCGGCUUAGCUGCGCGGGCCGUGCUUCGGCAGCCAUGGCCCCUGCUCCUGGGCGAGGAGUGAGGUCCCUCCCUUCUUCCAGCCUGGCACCUGCACGAUGGACCCCGCAAGGACUGUACACGGGGCAGGCACGUCCUCUGCACCUACCUCAGCUACCCGUGCGGGCCCCGGGCCCAGCCUGCACUGUGAAAUAAAGCCACGGGCAGAGGCUGUCACUGAGCACCUGUGGUUUGGCCACGUCGGCGGGGGGGCUGCAGCCCCCUCAGCAAACCCCGCUUGCCAGGAACAGCCCAUGUAUUUCAGCCAUUAAAGGUGUUGCUAGUACAGCCCCCAACCCCUAUCCAGCGUAGUCACUGGAACAGCUCUGCUCCCUCCUGCCACAUCCCAUCGCUGGAGAUAUCCCAUCUCCUAGACCUGGAAGGGACCCUGAAAGGUCAUUGAGUCCAGCCCCCUGCCUUCACUAGCAGGACCAAGUACUGAUUUUGCCCCAGAUGCCUAAAUGGCCCCCUCAAGGAUUGAACUGACAAUCCUGGGGUUAGCAGGCCAAUGCUCAAACCACUGAGCUAUCCCACGGGUGCGGGCCAGGGACCGCGCGUAGCACAAGCCCCGAGGCAGA